AUGGUCGGCGCUAUAAGUCUUAAGUGUCUGUCACGUUCAUCUCGCUUGUUUUUUGAUUUGGUUGAAGUGAUAGAGGUGAGUGACGGUGUUUCUUUCAUCUGCUUGGAGGAAUCUAUCUGUUCGGGAGGAAAAAUGGCUGUUUCGCGUGCUGCUUCACGGUUGUCUCCUUUGAAUUCGGUGCUACUUAUUUGUGAUAUGCAAGAGAAGUUCAGAUGCAGUAUCAAAUAUUUUAAGGAAAUUGUUCAAAUCAGCAAGCGCCUUAUUGUCGCUGCAAAACUUCUUGAUAUGGAAGUUAUUGCCACUGAACAGUAUCCAAAAGGGCUUGGGCAUACAGUAUCAGAAUUGGAGCUAAACAAAUAUAAUAUACCAAUUUUUGAGAAGAAAAGAUUCAGCAUGUGUAUUCCAUCUGUAACGGGAAUGCUUGAAUCAUCUCAGUCUGUGAUAUUAUGUGGCAUUGAAACGCAUGUAUGUGUUUUGCACACAGCGCUUGAUAUGCUCGAAAAAGGAAUUGCUGUGCAUGUAGUUGCCGAUGCUGUUUCAUCGCGCUCACAGACCGAUAGAAUGUUUGGCUUGCGACAAAUGGAAGUUGCUGGCGCUGUUUUGACGACCAGCGAAUGUGCAAUUCUCGGUUUGUUAGGAGGCGCAGACCAUCCGAAGUUCCGUGAAGUACAGAGAAUCAUCAUGGAGCUUGCACCGGACACUGGUCUACUUCAAUACCCAUUAUGA